ACUUUCCAUACUAAAAGAUAUUUUUACAUUAGAUGUAAAAAAUUACAAAAGCUAUGUUAUUUUCCACUGACAAGCAAACACAACGCAGAAACAAGCACACAUACAAAAAUAAACCGAACAAACUUUUCCAGAAAGGUCCACUCUAAUGGAAUUCUCUCCUCUCUGUCUCUCUCUCUCUCUCACCAAACGCCAUUUGCCGGCUUUUUGAAUUGCGUUGUUGAUAUUUAGUAAACAAUAAAACAGACCCUCCAUCAGGUGGUUUUGCUAUACUGCAUAUUAAUGAAAAUUUUCAAACAUAUUGACAAUUAAUUCCAACAUGCCCUCCUAGAUCGUGAUCUUCGCCUGGCACACGACAGACGACGGACCUCGAUGGUGGCGACUCCGCAGGCGUGGAACUCUGUACUCCACCGAGACAGAUCCAUUCCAAUUACGACUUCCCAAAUUCCACAGCCCAUCUUCUGGGAAGAGAAUCAUAUUGCACACUUUCACCGCGAAAAAAAACGAAUUUGUGGCGAACAACAAAAUCGGGGAUUAUGCAUAACUGAAUGGAGAAUGGAAGUUAGCAUCGGACGGGAUGGGAUCGUAGUACUGGCCACAUUGGAGAUAUGGAUGGUGCUAAUUGCCGCGGCACUUGGUGGCGGAUGAACCGUUAAAUCGAAACUGGAGCACUGGCCCAAUAACGAUGAUGCACGCGGCCCACGGAUUAGCACCUUUCAACGAGCCACUACGGCAUGAAUGUUCUAGAUACCCAAAAACCCGCCAUUAGCACCAUUGCCGGGCGGAGUUUUUCUGGCUUAGCAUUGGGACAUCUUCGGUUAGUUGUCGACUUAUCUCCGAGCCAACUGGCCGUGCGGUGUGUGCUGAACAGGAUUCGAAACAAUAGAAUCAAUAGUGUCAAACGGAUAAUGUCUGCCUACGAGAAAAUGCCGGCGGAGGAGCCACGACGCCUCUCACCCAUUUGGUUUCUGGUGAUCACGUUUCUUCUCUUUGCCACCACCUUAACGGCGAUGGCCGUGAUCGAAGCUGGACGGGCACAGAACAACGCGGGCGGAGAAAGCGAUCUCCUAAUCCUCACGCGCAUGUGGAAUCACUUCAAGGCCGGUGUCGAUAAUGAUACGGAAAUUGCCACGGUGGAGCGAAUUGCUAGGGAUGCCGGAAAUGCAAGCAAUCCGAGUGCAUCCGCAUCGCAGCAGGGCAGAAACUUCUACGAGGAGCAGCAGGCGGUGGUGGUGAAUGCAGAGAGCAUGGAUUCUCCCGUGUUGGGACAACGCCAGGAUGCCUACGGUCCGCCGCAGAGUCGCGAGGAUUCCUACGAGCAGGAUCCGUACUACGAUGUGGCCGAUGACUACGGACCUGGACGAUAUCCCAGUGCAGAGUCCAAAGAGGAGUCGGAAGAGGAGGAGCGCUUCUAUGAUAAGGAAGACACCGGUGAGGGCAGGUCACAGCAGGCACGUCCGUACGAUUCCUUCUACGCUCCGUGGUCAUACAAACAGCAGCCAACUCCAGUGGCUGCUCAUCCCGCAGCCGAGGGCAACAAUAGAAAGCUCCAGGCGCCUUAUGCUCCUAGCAGAUCGCCCUAUCCCGCCUACGAUGAGAUGUACGACUAUCCCAUGGGCUUCCAGCCACGCCCACAUCCGGAAACAGCGAUGGCCAAGCAAUCCCAGCCCACCUCCGACAAUGCAGUAGUCCAAAUCCAAAGUGAAUCCACACUGGUCACCGUGCUGAAGAGCCUCAAGCAGAUUUGGGAUCUGUAUCAGGCACUGAUGAGUGCCUGGAACGCGGUCAGCGAACGCCAUCAGCAGAGUACUGAGAAGUUCCGCCAGGAGCAGGCGGCGAAGAAAGCCGAGAAGGAGCAACUGCGUCAGCAGCAGCAACAGAAGACCAGGAUAAACUCCAAGAAACCGCCGCGAAUUGAGGGAAACAAAAAGAACCAGAACAAGAGGCCGACUACAACAACAACUAAGGCUCCAGAAGUCUCUGAUGAGGAGGAGGAAGCGGAGGAGAAGGAACAGUCGCAGAAGACAGUGGAGAAAGUUGAGACAGUCACAACAUCGGCACCAGCCACCAAAGUCUCGGCACUCAAGGGGGAAAAGGGAAAUCUGAGAUCGGUGCGUGGACUGCGCCAAAGACGCGAUGCCGAGGCGGAGGAGAAGGCUGAAACGGAUGUGGGCGAGGGUCGCUACAUCAAGGGUGAUCCUCUCAAGGGUUACUACGAUUUCGUCAUCACGGAGGGCUCCUACAAGUUCUGGGCCGUCUUUCAGGUGGGCACAGCUCUGCUGAUCAUCUACUCGACGUUCGCCGCCAUUUACUACUCCAAGGUGAAUCCGCUGACCAGUGACUACGACUACACGGAUUACCUGGGUGGAGUUCGUUCGUUGUCCGGCGGAGAUGCGGAUUUCGUGGACGACGGCGAUGCAGCGACACCGCCCGUCUCGACCACCUCUCGCAUCAUGGAGUGGCUGCCACGGACGGCGCAUUCCAUCCAGUUUAUACUGGAUGCCAUCGACAAGGUGCCAGUGGAUCAUGAUAAGGACAAGGAGCUCGGCUGGUCCACGGCGCAAAGGGACACGCCGGCGCUGGGAAUGAGAUAGGGAACUGACUACCAUAUGCGAUAUUUGUUAAGGAAAAUAUAAUAAUGUUGAAUAUAAA